AUAAAAAGAGGGGCGGGGGCGGGCCUUGGCUCUUUCCGGGAAAGAUCCUCGAAGCGCCUUUGCGCAGCACCGAACCCCGAAAAGAGAGGGGACACCAUCCUCCGACGCCCCGGGAUCCAGCGCAGCCAUGUCUCGCCCUCUGACGGACCAGGAGAAGCGCAAGCAGAUCAGCAUCCGUGGCAUCGUCGGCGUGGAGAACGUGGCGGAGCUGAAGAAAGGCUUCAACCGGCACCUCCACUUCACCCUGGUCAAGGACCGCAAUGUGGCCACUCAUCGCGACUACUACUUUGCCCUGGCCCACACCGUCCGCGAUCACCUGGUGGGCAGGUGGAUUCGCACACAGCAGUACUACUACGAGAAGGACCCCAAGAGAGUUUACUACCUUUCCUUGGAGUUCUACAUGGGCCGGACUCUGCAGAACACCAUGAUAAACCUGGGAUUGCAGAACGCCUGCGAUGAGGCAAUUUAUCAGCUGGGGCUGGACAUUGAAGAACUGGAGGAGAUUGAAGAAGAUGCCGGCCUGGGCAAUGGAGGCCUUGGCAGACUUGCAGCCUGCUUCCUUGAUUCGAUGGCCACUCUCGGGCUCGCAGCCUACGGUUAUGGGAUACGCUAUGAGUACGGCAUAUUCAAUCAGAAGAUCAGAGACGGAUGGCAGGUGGAGGAAGCUGACGAUUGGCUAAGACACGGGAACCCCUGGGAGAAAGCCCGCCCAGAAUACAUGCUACCCAUUCAUUUUUAUGGAAGAGUGGAGCACACCCAGACCGGCGUGAGAUGGAUCGACACCCAGGUGGUCCUGGCUUUGCCCUACGACACCCCAAUUCCUGGCUACAUGAACAACACGGUCAACACCAUGAGAUUGUGGUCAGCUCGGGCUCCCAACGAUUUCAACCUCCGCGACUUCAACGUUGGCGAUUACAUUCAGGCUGUGCUGGACAGAAACUUGGCUGAGAACAUUUCCCGAGUCCUUUACCCAAAUGAUAACUUUUUCGAAGGAAAGGAGCUGCGCUUGAAGCAAGAAUACUUUGUGGUGGCUGCAACCCUACAGGACAUCAUUCGGCGGUUCAAAGCCUCCAAAUUUGGGAGCACCGAAAGCGUCCGGACAGCUUUUGAUUCCUUUCCAGACCAGGUUGCCAUCCAGCUGAACGACACGCAUCCCGCCAUGGCCAUCCCUGAGCUGAUGAGAGUGUUUCUGGACAUUGAAAGGCUACCGUGGGACAAGGCCUGGGACAUCACCACGCGGACUUUCGCCUACACGAACCACACGGUUCUCCCCGAAGCCCUUGAGCGCUGGCCGGUGGAGCUGGUGGAGAAACUGCUGCCCAGACACCUGCAGAUCAUCUAUGAAAUCAACCAGAGACACCUGGACAGAAUCGCAGCCAUGUUUCCAAAGGACAUUGACCGCCUCCGGCGGAUGUCCUUGAUCGAAGAGGAAGGCAUGAAGCGCAUCAACAUGGCACACCUCUGCAUUGUGGGCUCGCAUGCCGUCAACGGAGUCGCUAAGAUCCACUCGGAAAUUGUCAAGUCGCAAGUGUUCAAGGACUUUGCAGAGGUGGAGCCCGAGAAGUUUCAGAAUAAAACCAACGGCAUCACCCCUCGGCGGUGGCUCCUGCUUUGCAAUCCGGGACUCGCAGAGUUAAUUGCAGAGAAAAUAGGAGAGGAGUACAUCAAGGACCUGAGCCAGCUGACGAAGCUCCACCGCUUUGCCAACGAUGAGCUUUUCAUCCGGGAAGUGUCCAAAGUCAAACAGGAGAACAAGGUCAAGUUUGCCCAGUAUUUAGAGAAGGAGUACAAGGUGAAGAUCAACCCGGCUUCCAUGUUUGACGUCCAGGUCAAGAGGAUCCACGAAUACAAGCGGCAGCUCAUGAACUGCCUGCACAUCAUCACCAUGUACAACCGCAUCAAGCGAGACCCCAUGAAGCUGUUUGUGCCCCGAACGGUGAUCAUUGGCGGCAAAGCUGCUCCUGGCUACCACAUGGCCAAAAUGAUCAUCAAGCUCAUCACCUCCGUCGGCCACGUGGUCAACAACGACCCUGUGGUGGGGAACAAGCUGAAGGUCAUCUUCCUGGAAAACUACAGAGUCUCCUUGGCCGAGAAAGUGAUCCCUGCCACGGAUCUGUCGGAGCAGAUUUCCACGGCAGGCACCGAAGCGUCUGGCACCGGCAACAUGAAAUUCAUGCUGAACGGGGCCCUGACCAUUGGGACGAUGGAUGGCGCCAACGUUGAGAUGGCAGAAGAGGCUGGAGAAGAGAACCUCUUCAUCUUUGGCAUGAGAGUGGAGGAUGUGGCUGAGCUGGACCGGAGAGGGUACAAAGCUCAGGAAUAUUACGAGAGGCUUCCUGAGCUGAAGCAAGCUAUGGAUCAGAUCAAGAGUGGAUUCUUUUCACCAAAAGAGCCCGACCUUUUCAAAGAUUUGGUCAACAUGCUGUUCCACCAUGACCGGUGAGUGGAGACCCCUUUGCAGAAACCCG